GUGCAGAGAUACUAUCUUUGAAGUUACAAACGAUGCCUCCAUCAUUAGAAACGUACGAGAAUGAUGAUGAAACAAUAUCGCUAUAUACUGGAUUUCCAUCAUAUGCUAUAGCUAGGCUAGUACUCGAGCUAGUGGAUCCUGGAUUGAAUGGUACGUUUAACAGAGAGUAUUUUCGUAUACUUUUCAUAUUCACCAUCUAUUUCUUCAGGUUGCAAUAUCUUAGAUUGAUCUGGAAAAUCGAUAAGCAAAGUGGAACGUUGGUCACUUAAUGAGAGUCAACAAUUUUUGCUAGUAUUUAUGAAACUACGGCAAAAUUUUCUAUUCCUGCGCCUUGCUAAGAGAUUUAAAAUUGGAAAAACGACAGUAUCAAGGUAUAAUACUUCCAAAAUCUGAAUCUCUGCGAAACUAUUGAUAAUACUGCUCGUUUUGUAAAUGUUUCAGAUUAUUCGAUCGAUGGAUCAAUUUUUUAUACUUAAGAUUUGCAAAACUGCCUAUGUUUCUAAGUGCAGAAUAUGUACAACAACAUCUACAUCCAUCAUUCAGUUCGUUUCCAAAAUGUGUUCUGAUCACAGACAGUUUGUCUGUGUAUGUUCCGAGACCAAAAAAUUUAACGGCUCAAUCCAUCACAUACAACGAUUACUAUGGUGGAAAUGUCAUGAAAGAAUUGAUUGAUAUUGCUCCUACAACUGAUUUUCCAAUCGUUUUUCUCUCCGAAUUAUUCUCUGGUGCAAUUUCUGACAAGGAAUUGGCAGUACGUUGCGGUUUAACAAAACUAAAUUAUCCUCUAGGCAUUGAAAUAAUGGCAGAUAAAGGUUUCCACCUCCAAGAUGUUGAACAAGAAAAACAGUGGAAAUUCGUCAUUCCAUCAUUCUUGGAUGAGUCUGGUCAAUGUAGUUCAACUGAUAUUGGAAACAAAAUGAAAAUUUCAAGUGUUCGUAUACGUGUAGAUCAUGCUAUUGAUUCAUUAUCGAUACCAUGUUGUAUUGAACGAGGAACGGAAGAUUUUUGCGAAUCAUUGAAUUCAAAAUAG